CUUAUCACCCUACUGACACCUAUAACUUUAUCUGUAUUGCUUACACAAACCACAGAGCACUGGAGUAAACAGGGCCCGUGCUGGAGGGCAGCACCCUCAAAGAUGGCAACUUACUCUGUAAUAAGCAAGGCCCAACUAGACCGAAUUAGAGACAAGGUUGCUCCCGUUGGGCAGGAUACGUUUUCGGAGGAGCGACAGCGGUUAAAGCAGCUCAGCGACGACCGGUCGUCGCAAUGGCCAAACACCCUGUCGGCACAACGCGCGCGUAAAGAGAAGACGCGACAGGAGCGGCAAGCAGCCGAGGAGGCCGAGCGCGUGGAGCUCGACCGACAAGAAGCGGAGAUCCGCGCGGAGCAGCGGCGGAUACAGAUCGAGCGCGCAAAUAAGAUUUUGUUUGACGAGACAGACCGCGUAAAAGGGUUCCAUAGCAAGAUGCUGCUCAGCGAUGUGAUGCAUGAGAACGAGCAGCUCAAAGAGAUCAAGCGCCAGAUCGAGGUGCUCAAGCGGGCGCAGGAGCAGGCGUUCGUGGAGCAGCAGCGGCAAGCGCUAGAGGCCGCGGAGGCUGCUGAGGUGCGCAAGCUGGAGGACACGCGGCGCCGCGCCAUGGCGCAGCGCGAGGUGCAGCUGCAGCAGCUGGAGGAGCUCAAGGCCAAGAUCCUGGGCGAGCGGGCGGCGGACCGCACGGAGGGAGAGACGCUGCGGAGGAAGGCGCUGGAGGAGGCCGAUGAGCUGCGGCGCAAGGAGGAGGCCCGGCUGGCCAAGCAGCGGCAGCUGGCGGACGACACCAAGGCCGCCAAUGCCGCGCUGCAGGCGUUCCGGCUCAAGGAGGUGGAGCGGUCCAAGGAGCAGGAGGCGGCCAUGGAGGCCUACGCGCGGAAGAAGCAGGAGCUGGCUGACGAGCGGGCGCGGCGUGAGGCGGAGAAGCGGGCGGCCAAGGACGCGGAGCGCAAGCGUGUGGCGGACAUGAUGGAGUCCAACUACAUGGCCUGGCACACCAAGGAGGAGGCGCGGCUGGCCCGGGACGUGGCGGCGGCGGAGCAGAAGGCGGCGGCGGACGAGGAGGCGCGGCGCAAGCGGGCGGCAGACCUGGCGGUGGCAAUCGACCAGAGCCGGCAGGCGCAGCUGCGGGCCAAGGCGCAGGCCAAGGCGGCGGAGAAGGCCGAGGAGGCGGAGUACCUGUCCGCCUGGUCCACCCGCACCAAGCAGCUCAAGGCGGAGGAGGACGAGGAGAAGCUCAAGCGCAUAGCGGUGGGCAAGCAGCUGGCGGCGUUCCAGCUGCGGCAGGCCGCCAUCAAGGCGCGCAAGAUGGCGGACGCGCGCAUCGCGGAGCUGCAGGAGGCCGCGCAGCUGGCGCUCAGUGUGGCGGAGGAGGAGGACAUCUUCCUGCGCUACGCGCACGAGUGCAUCGAGGAGUACCGGCGGCAGGGCAAGCCCACCGUGCCCAUGGAGCUGCACCUGCGCAAGAAGACCAACCUGGAGACGAUGCGGUAGUGCGGUGGCCAGAAGGGGAGGGGCGCGGGGGGGGGAGGGAUGAGGCAGGAGGCGAUGGAGGUGAUGUAGGAGGUGGCAAGGUGGAGGUGGUGCAGGUUUAGCCAGUGGCAUUUAGGAGUUCUGUCGGUAAUGGUGGAGGUGCUGCGAUGACGGAGUGUUCUAACUUGCCGUGCGUGGGGCCGCGGACACAGCAUGGUGGAUGGCCGCGAUGGCGGCCCGAAUUUGUAUGAUAGCUACGCAGUCUAGGCAAAGACACAAGACCGUGACUUUACCCGACUCAUAUUGAUUGGCGCGAUGGCGCCUGAUCACUCACAUGACGAACCUGAACCUGACAACUAAAGCUGAUACGCCCACGCUGCUGUGCUUCACUGCGCGGGCGCUUGUGACUCAAGUAGGCAGGAGGUAGCAGGUUGCAUGGCAUUGCAACGUCCAUUUAUUGUUUGUAUACGGUUUAGCUGUGGCUAGGCAGUGGAGCACUGCGAGGCCGCAGGCACGAGGGGAUUUUGCGGCGUGCAUGCUGCAAUGGUAAACAG